GAGAUCGAUACACAAAGCAGGUACAAACUUUCAAACGUUUGUUGGACAUAUUCCUGUGUAAUCAAUAUCGAUAUGUGUCGAUUGAAAGUGAAAGAAGAAACGUAAACACACAUUACUGAGCCAAAUGGCUCCGAGAUGAGGUGGAACUGUAAACUUGUGGCAUUUCUUAUUCUUGUUACCUAUUUUUUGGUAUCGUUUUAUACUGGAUACCUGUUGGUCAUACACAGAUUAGAAAAGUCUUCUUACGAAUUACAGAGAAUUAGAGCACUCACAGAAAUCACUGAGGAUGACGAUAAUGGUUGGAAUCCCUGGGGUGAAGAAUUUGAGAAGGAGGGGUCCUACAUGCACAGACAUAAAGCUCCAAAAAUUUUAUGGAAUAAAGAAGAUAUAAAGUCUGAAAAAGCCUCAAAUAAUAGCACUCACAUUGUAGAUAUCUGGAGCAUAGCUGCAAUAGGUCAUUACUUAUGGGAACACAUCCUUGGUGGUAAGACAAAGUUCAGCACCAGUAAUACCUGGUCUCACGGGGAGAAAAAGAUAGACAAUAUUGAGUUUAGAUAUAAAGUUGGGCCUGCAGUCACACUACAUGAAGUUCCUCAAGAUGUUAAAAACUUGGUACUAGUAUUAAAUGGAAGAGAAGUCUCCAAAAUCAAAGGGGCCAGAGAAUGGUUGAAUUAUCUCCCUUUGUUAAAAGAUCUUCAGCAUGUAGCUGUUGUGUUGCUAGGCAAUGAACAGUGCAAUAAUGAUUGGAUAAAGCACUAUAUGAAGGUCAAUGGGGGACGAAUAGAUUUUGUCUUCCUUGUUUAUGAUAGUCCAGAUAUUGAUAAUAGAAAUUUCUAUCAGUGGCCAUUAGGUGUUGCAACGUAUAGAGAUUUUCCAAACAUUGAGAGGUCCGAAGUUCCAAUUUACAACAAAAGAAAAUUUGUAUGUAAUUUUAUGGGAACCAUAUACAAGAAUUCAUCGAGAGAAGUACUUUUAGAUGUUCUACGUACUGAGCCAUUAAGAAGUAUAUGUUCAGUAAAAGCUAGACAAACGUGGUUGCCACAGGAAACAGACAAAAGUCGAGAAGAUUAUAUAGAUGCCUUAGAAGACAGUGAUAUAACACUGAACCCGGUUGGUCAAAACACAGAAUGCUACAGAAUAUAUGAAGCUUUAGCAUUGGGCUCACUUCCUGUUGUAGAGGAUGUAAUGACACCAGGGAAUUGUGGGAAAUCUUCAGUGUCUGAUAAUGUGCCCCUUAGGAUAUUAAAGGAGUAUAAAGCUCCAGUAAAAUAUAUAAAAGACUGGAAGGAGUUGAGAUCUGUUUUAUCAAAUGAACUAAAGCUCAGUAUUGAAGGCAAAAUAAAAAGGAGAAAGGAACUCAUGCUAUGGUAUGAAAAUUUCAAAUCAAAAUUACGGGAACAUUUUAUUCAUGUGGUACAAGAGAAAUUUUUCAGUUUGAAUCAAUAACAGUGAAGGUGCUUAAGUUAUUUCCAUGGGUAAUUUUUAUUUUCUGUUGAGUAGCAUUUAAUGUUAGGUUAAAAUCAAUGGUUUCAAGUUUUUAAGCAUACAUCAAUUGUAAAAACAAGCAAAUUGCAUCACAUAUUUUCAUGUUAUUUCAGGUUGAAUGAAUUCAUUUGAAAUGCCUCUGGGGGGUAAUUGUUAGAUUGUGGUAUACUUAGGCAUUUUAUCAACUAAAUUUUCCUAAGAAGGUUGGAAUAUUCCUCAAAAAUGUUAUUGUGAAGUCAGAUCAAUUAUAUGAGAGUUCUAUAAUGAACUUUUUUUUAUCAUUGUACAAUGUAACAUGUGUUGGCUACACUGUGAUGACAUAGAUAUAGUUAGGUUGUGCUGUAUGUUUUAUUUUGUAUCAAGUUUUAUCAUAUUUAUCAAAUUAUUUUACAAAUAGUUUAGAUUUUUUGGUUGUAAUUUUAUUUUUUAUUGAAAACUGUUCCAUUUUAUGUCUUGUAUGAUUCCAAGUUUUAUUUUGUUUCAAAUAUAACUUUAUAAAUUCUAACAUUCACAAAGAUUUUUAUAAAGUUUUUCUCAUAUUUUAUUUUUAUACGACCGCAAAUUUUGAAAAAAUUUUCGUCGUAUAUUGCUAUCACGUUGGCGUCGUCGUCGUCGUCGUCGUCGUCGUCGUCCGAAUACUUUUAGUUUUCGCACUCUAACUUUAGUAAAAGUGAAUAGAAAUCUAUGAAAUUUUAACACAAGGUUUAUGACCAUAAAAGGAAGGCUGGUAUUGAUUUUGGGAGUUUUGGUCCCAACAUUUUAGGAAUUAGGGGCCAAAAAGGGCCCAAAUAAGCAUUUUCUUGGUUUUCGCACUAUAACUUUAGUUUAAGUUGAUAGAAAUCUAUGAAAUUUUGACACAAGGUUUAUGACCACAAAAGAAAGGUUGGGAUUGAUUUUGGGAGUUUUGGUUUCAACAGUUUAGGAAUUAGGGGCCAAAAAAGGGCCCAAAUAAGCAUUAUUCUUGGUUUUCGCACAAUAACUUUAGUUAAAGUGAAUAGAAAUCAAUGAAAUUUAAACACAAUGUUUAUGACCACAAAAGGAAGGUUGGUAUUGAUUUUGGGAGUUUUGGUCCCAACAGUUUAGGAAUUAGGGGCCAAAAAGGGACCCAAAUAAGCAUUUUUCUUGGUUUUCGCACCAUAGCGUUAGUAUAAGUAAAUAGAAAUCUAUGAAAUUUAAACAUAAGGUUUAUGACUAUAAAAGGAAGGUUGGUAUUGAUUUUGGGAGUUUUGGUCCCAACAGUUAAGGAAAAAGGGGCCCAAAGGGUCCAAAAUUAAACUUUGUUUGAUUUCAUCAAAAUUGAAUAAUUGGGGUUCUUUAAUAUGCCGAUUCUAACUGUGUAUGUAGAUUCUUAAUUUUUGGUCCCGUUUUCAAAUUGGUCUACAUUAAGGUCCAAAGGGUCCAAAAUUAAACUUAGUUUGAUUUUAACAAAAAUUGAAACCUUGGGGUUCUUUGAUAUGCUGAAUCUAAAAAUGUACUUAGAUUUUUGAUUAUUGGCCCAGUUUUCAAGUUGGCCCAAAUCGAGGUCCAAAAUUAAACAUUGUUUGAUUUCAUCAAAAAUUGAAAAAUUGGGGUUCUUUGAUAUGCCAAAUCUAACUGUGUAUGUAGAUUCUUAAUUUUUGGCCCAGUUUUAAAAUUGGUCUAAAUUAAAGUGCAAAGGGUCCAAAAUUAAACUAAGUUUGAUUUUAACAAAAAUUAAAUUCUUGGGCCUCUUUGAUAUGCUGAAUCUAAACAUGUACUUAGAUUUUUGAUUAUGGGCCCAGUUUUCAAGUUGGUCCAAAUCAGGAUCUAAAAUUAUUAUAUUAAGUAUUGUGCAAUAGCAAGUCUUUUCAAUUGCACAGUGUUGUGCAAUGGCAAGAAAUAUCUAAUUUCACAAUAUUGUGAAAUAGCAAAUUUUUUUUUAAUUAAGAGUUAUCUUUCUUUGUCCAGUAUAGUAAGCAAGAAAUAUCUGCAAGAUUUUUUUUUAAUU